AUGCGCCUAGCCGCGCUCAGAUCUGGGGUUGGCCUCUCUGGAAAACAUGAUAAGGCCGUAAGUCGCGCCCAAGGUGUCACAAAGUUCUCAGGUGUGGUGCCAGAUCAAUCUGUCAACACCGACUUCUCUCUCACGCGAGUUAUGGGGUGUCUUGACGCCGCCUCUGCCGCCCCCUCAUGGAUAAGAGAGACAAUCGGUACGCGCCCUCCCUCGUGUGCAUUUGCGAUUCCAUGGAGCGGUGUGGGC